AUGUCUACUCCCAGUGUUCCCACGGGCGUCAUUGUCCCCAUGCCUACCUAUCUCUUCAGUGCAACAGUGACGCUCGCAAAGCCACUCGACCCAAUUCCACUCCUCGAGGGUGGCGUCCGCAUCGUUGAGCCCAUCACCGGCGGAACCAUCGAAGGCCCUGCUUUCAAUGCCACUAUCGAAGGCGGGGUCGCCUCUCCGAUUAUCGUCAAGGGUGAUGGUGGGGCAAAAGCGCAGAUGGCAUACAUUUACGCGUACGGCCAUGCCAGCGACGGAUCGCCGUUUUAUAUCGAGGAAAGCGGUAUCGGGUCUGGCGCAACUCAGAACACUAGAUUGAUUAUCCAGGUUGGAGGAAAGUACCAGGGCCUCCAGACGAUGUAUGUGCUAGGACAGCCAACGGUCAACGAGGCCAGGACUGUGGCAUCGGUGGAGUGUUUCAGCAUACCGCUUCCCUGA